AUCCGACACCCAUAGGCCAUAAUUCAUCACACACACACUUCUGGCUACCGUAUCUGUACGUAACUGAUUAUAGUGAUUAGUGUAUUGAGUAUUCCAAAUUCCAAUUCAUAAACAAAUCUAGUAGUAGUAUCUACCGACUACUACUGCGGAAAAAGGAGCUUGGGAGUGGACCAAAGUAUUGACUACUGACUUGUGUGUAAAUCGGCAGCGGGCAGACGUGAAACUACUUACUACACGAGUGAUACGACAGUCGCUGUUUCCAGUUGGAACAAUAUAUUGAUAGACGUGACAUCGCAAAUCAAUCAUUAAACACCCGAUCCCUUUAGUGUCGAUAUUUUAAAUUCAUACACAAAUUACUGAUGAUUGAUGAUAUCAGUAUCAUUUAGAUCUGUAUAAAUAUUCGGAAAGUUUACUUUUUCUUUAUACAAUUCUCCUGAAAAUUUACUUCAUUUCUGUUGUUGUGUUUUAGUUUGAAAUACGCAUAUUAUAAUAUAUGGGAUGUAAUUCAAGUAAAAGUGCAUCAAAAGCAGUUCAUAACAAAAAGCACUUGCUUCCAAUCAUGAGUUUGCCAUCAUCUAAUAAUGCGAACCGAAGUUUAAAAAAUCAAUUUCCAGCCACAAAAGGGUUGUCUUCAUCUUUUGGAUUUAGAAGACCCACUCAGACCAAUAAAGUCAGACCAAUAUCAGGUCCAUCUAAUUCGAUUGACAAAGUGCCUAUAGACACUAAAAUGCCAAAACCAAGUACAGCACCUACAGGAAAUUGUCGAAGUAGUAAUUCAAAAUCUACACCUUCACCUAAUAGGUUUGGAUUUUGUAAACCAGUUGUAAAACCUGUCCAACCUAUUGCAAAAAAAGUAGAAAUAGAGCGAAGAAGUCAGUCUGAACCUCAAAAGAGAGAAAUUCCUAAAUUGAAUUCUGGUGGUUCAAAAAUUGCAGUAUCAAAAGUUACUGCUAGCCAUUUGCCGAGGCCUCAAAUACCACUUAGAUACCAAAUAUCUAAAAGUCCAGAUAAGAGUGCUAAGACAGCCGCUAAUAUGCGCUUAAAAAAUGAAGCAAUAAGAAAAAUGCAGCAAGGAGUGACUGUUCGAAAAUUAAGUGACUCAGUUGAGUUUACUGAAGUGAUUGCCAUUAAUAGGCCAUCAAGGCUCACAUUAAAUUCAAAUGCUAAAGGACCUUUAAUAAGAGAAAGAGCCAAUAAGUAUUUAAGGCAAGUAUCUAGUUCAUCUUCUAAACAUUUGACAUCAUCUGAUGAGGAUUCAGACCUAAGCAGUUACGAAGAAAAACAUGACAAGGAAGAGUUUAUAAAAGAAAAGACUGAAAUAAUUGAACAGGUGGAUACACCAUGUAGCGAUGAAGAAUAUGGACCUGGUGAAGCAUUAGCUGUAGAAGAGUUCACAGAGAUGAAAGAUAAAAUGAAUGUUGUAGAUAAUAAGUUUGCUAAUGUAGAUAUGUCAGUUUCACUACGAGAUGUCCUGUUGAACAUUGAAGAUACGACAUUUGCCACUUUGGCAGCUAUGUCUUCCAAUAUGCGUAUUGAAGAUGAAACAUCACCAGAUGAUGAAUGCUUAAGUCCUACCGAGUCAGAAUCUGCUGAAUUCCAUCAUAGUAAAACAGAAUCCAUUCACGGCGAGCAUCACCGAGAUUCCAUGUCGCCGGCUAAGUGUAACAUUUCCAAGUGUGGGUCGUUUUCGUCGGACACUAGGGAUUUUUUUGACGAUGAGAUAGCUGACCAGCCGGCCCUUAUGUUUAGUGGACCACCGUCGGAGUCAUGUAAUGGAGACGACAUUGACGAAAUUAUGUUUCGACGGGGAAGUUAUAUAAGCAGUGGUCGAACGGGCAACAAAUCUCUGAGACGAUCACAGAGCGCCGACGGGUCUCUGAGCGACAGCCUCAACUCGGACGACCUAAUGUUGGAUUUGGACCUGGCAGACGAUAAGAACUCGGUGAAAAACGCCACUCCUAACAGCGACGAAGAUCAAACCAUGCUGAAAACAUUGGAGAGCAAAAAACAGAAUGCGUUUGAUGAAUGGACUUGUUUCAUAACCAAGAGGAACAGUAGUAGUUCAUUAAAGGAAGAUAAUAUAGUCCCAGUCCAAGAUACAGUUGAUGUCAAUUCAAAAGAGAUCAACAAUGGGGAGGUAAUAAUGAGCUACAACCGGUUUCAAGAAGUCACAGACGAGGUUGCGAGCAUCAAGAGCAUGUUGUUCGAGUUAAACAGAGUUCUAAUAGAGGACAAAAAAGAUAUGACUUAUCCAUUGGAACAGGAAAUGCAUUGCUGUUACGAGGAUCAACUCGUGGAUUUGAAACAACAGAUAGCGUAUAUGGCUCAGCAGAUGGAAAAAAAGGACCGUACUAUUCAGAUACUCAGGGAUCAGUUAGCUCAAAAACCACGAUUAUCAGUAAAAACGAUAGAAACACGAAAUUCUGCCACACAAACCGACCGAUGUCGGUCGACCACAAUACCAACAUUAUGCACCUUCGAUAGAGAUGGCCAAACAAAUGGGCGUCCAGUAAUCAGGUGCAGUGAUACAGUUGAAAGGUCAAAGUCAGUGUCAGGCAGUCGCAUUCGCAUCGGCAUGCUUAAGCAUAAAUUUCUAAUGGACGCGGGAAGAACGUUACCAAAUGUAUAAAAUUACUCGUUCCUCUUCCGUACAGUAUUAUAUGUAUUAAACAAAUCAUUCCAUGUUUAAACGUUCCAUGAAUUGAAACUAUAAGUAUAAUUUUUAAGUACCAUUUAUUUUGUUCCAAGUGAUUAGUUAUGUUCGUGUAAUUUACACGAGUUCAUUUUCAAUUGUUUUUGAGUUUAAGUAUUAUAAAAUGUAUAUUUUACACAUGCAUAUAUUCUAGAAACCUCGUACUAGGGGUUUUUUUUGCUUAAUGUGUUAUUGUCUUUUUUUCCACUUUACCAAAAUUAAACUAGUCAAUCUUUGUUUUGUUUAAAUAUACAUAUAUUUUUUUGUAUUUCUAACAACACUAAAUUUGUGUUUUUUGUAAUGUCGAAUAAUAUUACUCUCGUUUAUUUGUUAGGGACCUUAACACAUUUUUGGUGUAUAACAAUUAUUAUUAAUCAUCUAAUUCAAUAUUUUUAUUUAGCGCAUUUUUCUCAUAAUAUGAGUA